UUUAGGUGCCAUGGACUGAUGGACGAGAUUAUUGGUGGCAUGAUGAGAUGGAUGACGUAGAACCUUCUUGUUAUCCGGUCUGGAUGUCUGCAGAAGAUCCACUAUUUAUGUUAUACACGAGUGGUUCAACUGGAAAACCAAAAGGAGUACUUCAUACGACUGGUGGAUACUUAUUAUACGCUGCUACUACUUUUAAGUAUGUAUUCGAUUACCAUCCAGGGGAUGUUUAUUGGUGCACAGCAGAUAUUGGUUGGAUCACUGGCCACUCUUAUGUUGUUUAUGGACCUUUAGCAAAUGGGGCAACUUCAGUGAUAUUUGAAGGAACACCAUUUUAUCCAGAUAAUGGRAGAUACUGGUCAAUUGUUGAAAAAUAUAAAGUUACACAGUUUUACACUGCACCGACAGCCAUUCGUGCAUUAAUGAAGUUUGGAGAAGAACCAGUGAAGAAACAUAACCUCGAUUCACUAAAAGUGUUAGGUUCAGUAGGUGAACCAAUAAACCCGGAAGCUUGGUUAUGGUAUUACCAAAAUAUUGGGCAAGAAAGAUGUUCCAUAGCCGACACAUUUUGGCAAACUGAAACUGGAGGGCAUGUAAUAACUCCACUCCCAGGUUGCACACCAAUGAAACCAGGAUCGGCAUCAUUUCCAUUCUUUGGUGUUAAACCAAUCCUAUUGGAUGAAAGUGGUAAAGAAAUUGAAGGAGUUGGUGAAGGAUACUUAGUAUUCAAUAAGCCUUGGCCUGGUAUGAUGCGCACAUUAUUUGGAAAUCAUGAACGGUUCCAAUCAGUUUACUUCAGCAAAUUUCCAGGAUAUUAUUGUACAGGAGAUGGUGCGAGAAGAGAUGAAGAUGGAUACUUUUGGGUGACUGGAAGAGUUGAUGAUAUGUUAAAUGUAUCUGGGCACUUGAUGAGCACUGCUGAAGUGGAAUCUGUACUCACUGAACACCCAGAUGUUUCMGAAGCUGCAGUUGUAUCAAGACCACAUCCAGUCAAAGGAGAGUGUCUUUAUUGUUUUGUUACUCCAAACCAUGGUGUGACUUUUACACCAAAACUUUCAUCYGAGUUAAUUAAAAAAGUAAGGGAAUCRAUUGGGCCUUUYGCUAUGCCRGACGUUAUUCAACAUGCACCAGGUCUUCCAAAAACUCGGUCUGGAAAAAUAAUGAGAAGAGUUUUACGAAAAGUAGCGAUCAAUGACAGGGAAGUAGGUGACAUAUCAACAUUAGCUGACGAACAUAUAGUUGAAGAACUAUUCAAAAACAGGCCAGAGAAAUCAUAAAAAGUUACCAGUUAAAACUGAUUUUGUUUGGUGCAAACACGACUUACAUAUCAAAUUGUGAAUUUUUUGUCUUAAGUCCUUAGUAGUAUGUAAUCAAAAAAGUUGUCUUGAACAAUUAAUUUAGGGUGACAUAUAGAUGCUCGUGAUUUAUUACGAUGAAUAUUAUUUAUUUAAUCCAAUAGAAUGACGCUCACCAUCAUGACUAAUUGAGCUCAUCUUUAUUGUAAGUGAAUUAUAUUCUGUACUCAUUAGUUGACAGUUGCUUAUAAAGUUAUAAGUUUGACAACAAAUGUUGUCAGUUGUUAAGUUUAUUAUUAUGUUUAAACUCUAGUUAUACGAAAACUAUUAUGACGAUAAAUAUCUGCUUUCUUAAUUUUUCAAUAAGAGCAAUUAUAUCAACAUAAUACAAAUGUACCUAAAUAAUUACAGUCAUAGUAUU